AUGAUGGAUAUUGGAAAGAUCAACCGAAUUCUGAUUGGGCACGAUAACGUGGGUCUGCGGUCCGGCUGGUUCCUGGCCAGUGUCCAGAUCACAGUUCCAGUCCAGGGAAGGCAGUACAUGUUCCCCUGCAACCGCUGGCUGGACAAGGAUGAGGCUGAUGGCAAGGUGGAGGUGGAGGUCUACCCAAGUGAGAUUUUGCCUAUUGAGAAAUUGAUAAACUAUGAGGUGUCUGUAGUCACUGGAAACGUGCGAGCCGCAGGCACCAACGCCAACGUCUUCAUGCAGAUUUAUGGCGAGACUGGCAAAACGGAAUUGAUCAUCUUGGACAACAGAUCCAACAACUUUGAAAGGGGAGCCACAGAUAUCUUCAAGAGAGAGGCUGCAGAUGUUGGCAAGAUUUACAAGAUCCGCAUAGGCCACGACGGGACAGGCAUUGGGGACGGCUGGUUCCUGGAGAGCGUCACGCUCAAGCGCCUGGCCGCCAAAACAAAGGACUCUGAUGAAGACACAAACAAGAAGUCUGAUGUGGAGAAUGAGGAGACCAAGGAGGGAGAAGGAAUGGAUGUCUAUACGUUUGUGGCACACCGCUGGCUGGCUAAGGACGAAGGGGAUAAGGAGCUCGUGGUGGAGCUGGUGCCUGAUGGAGAAUCUGACCUGGAGGAAAAUACAUAUGAAGUCCGCGUCCUCACUGGGACUGUGUGGGGGGCUGGGACGGAUGCUAAUGUCUUCCUGAGCAUCUAUGGCAUGGAAAGAGGAGACACGGGUGAGCGCCAGCUGAAAAGGUCAAAUAACCUCAACAAGUUUGAGAAAGGACAGGUAGACGUGUUCACCAUCAAAGCCAUCGACCUGGGCGAGCUGAAGAAGCUGCGGAUCCGCCACGAUAACACUGGUACCAGACCCAGCUGGUUCCUGGAGAGGGUGGAGAUUACUGACCUCAAGGAGAGCACCACGUAUUACUUUCCAUGCCAGCGGUGGUUGGCAGUGGAGGAAGAUGACGGUCAGAUUGCCAGGGAGCUGGUCCCAGUGGAUGAAGCAUUUGUAAAGAAAGAUCCGGAAAAUGAGGGCCAGUCCCCUGCAACUUUGGGCCUGGAACAGAAAGCUAAAUCCACUACAUACUCAGUGAAAGUGAAAACGGGGGACAAGAAGAAUGCUGGGACAGAUGCCAACGUUUUCAUCAUACUCUAUGGAAGUAAAGAUGAUACAGGGAUAGUCAGCCUAAAGGCCUCAAAGUUUAACAAGAACAAAUUUGAGCGUGGGAAGGUAGAUGAGUUUACAGUGGAGUCUGUGGACAUUGGAGACCUGAAAAAAAUCAAGAUAGGCCAUGACAAUAAAGUUGUUCCUUACGAGAUCACAGUGUACACCAGUGAUAUUUUUGGAGCUGGCACGGAUGCAGAUGUCUUCAUUGUUCUUUAUGGAAGUGAUGGGAUUUGCACUCAGCAAAAAUCCCUGUGCCUCAACAAGAGAGAGCAAAGGAUGUAUUUUGAAAGGAAUUCAGUGAAUCAGUUCAUCGUGGAGCUGGAGGACGUUGGUGACAUUAUUGAAAAGAUCCGCAUCGGACACAACGGCGGAGGGCUGAACUCGGGGUGGCACUUGGACCGUGUGACGAUCCGGAGGCUGCUGCCAAACGGGAAGGGCUCGGAAACUGUCACAUUUCCCUGUGAAAGAUGGCUUGCGAAGUCUGAAGAUGAUGGUGAGACUGUCAGGGAACUGGUGCCAUCUGAUAUCUUUACUGAAAAGCUCAUGAAGGAUGGGACACUCAAGCAAAUAGAGGAAGAAGUUGAAGAACCUUUAGAAGUUCACACCUACAAGAUCAGCGUGUUCACUGGGGAUAUCUACGGUGCUGGGACAGAUGCCAAUGUCUUCCUAAAUAUCUACGGAGACAUGGGGGACAUGGGGGAGAGAAAACUCAGCAAAUCCGAAACAAACUUCAACAAGUUUGAAAGAGGACAGGAGGACACGUUCACAAUACAGGCUGUUGACCUUGGCAUCAUAUACAAGAUCAAGAUUCGCCAUGACAAUAGCAUGAUCAGCCCUGACUGGUUUCUGGAGAAAGUGGAGAUCCUGGAUGAAACCACAGAAGAGUCGUUCGUUUUCCUGUGCGAGCGCUGGCUCUCUAAAAAGAAAGAGGACAAAAAGAUAGAACGGACACUUUACGAGCAGAGCUACAAUGGUGAGCGGAACAGCCUGGAUGGAGCCUCGCUCAGUGUGUCCAGCCAGGACAGCAAUGCCAACACGAAGGAGCCCAAAAAGUCCAGCCUGGUCAAGGCAGCAGAGGAAGGCUCACUGAUCCCGUACCACAUCACCGUCACGACGGGCACGGAGUACGACUCCAGCACCGACAGCCGCGUGUUCAUCAUCAUCAUGGGCCCGCAGAAGCUGCGGACUGAGAGGCUGUGGCUGGAUCUCCCAGAAGGAAAGGACGAAUUUGCAGAUGGCUCUGUGGAGAAAUUUUCAGUUUGGGGCCUAGACGUUGGGGAGAUCAAAAAAGUGGAGGUGGGGCAUGAUGGUGCUACCCCCGAGAGCUGCUGGAUGAUGGAAGAGCUCACCAUUGUCGUGCCCACCAAAGGCGUCAUGUACAACUUUGUCUGCAAGUGCUGGCUGGCCAGAGACAAAGGGGACGGGCUCACCUCACGGAUCCUCAACAUCCUGGAUGCAGAAUGUGUUAACGUCGGCAUCAAGAUCCUCUACGAAGUCACGGUUGUGACCGGAGACAUCGAAGGAGGCGGCACCGAUGCCAAUAUUUUCAUGACUGUCUUUGGAUCCAAUGGGAACACUGAGGAGCUGCUGCUGGAAAAAAAUGGGGACAGGUUUGAGCGGGGCCAGGAGGACAGUUUCAUCAUGGAGAUCGCCGACAUCGCGCCCCUCAGGAAGAUGAGGAUCCGGACGGAUGGGAAGGGGACGCGCCCGCACUGGUUCAUGGAAAGGAUCACCCUAAAGAACCUUACUAACCAAGAAGUGGCCACAUUUACCUAUGGGGAUUGGCUGUCCAAGCUGAAAAAUGCCACGGGAAGCCUGGUGUGUGAGAUGCCAGCUGUCAUAAACGACGAGCAGAUGAUGGAGGACACCACGUACACUCUUCAGGUUAAAACCAGUGACAUUGGAGGAGCAGGCACCGACGCCAACGUGUCCUUGAUCCUCUUUGGGGAGUACGGGGACAGCGGCACCCUGCCUCUGAAGGAGUCCAACAAGUCCAACAAGUUUGAGAGGAACCAGAUGGAUGAAUUCAGCUUCUCUGAAAUGCUGAGCCUGGGAGAUCUCUGCAAAGUGAGGAUCUGGCACGACAACAAAGGAAUUGCCCCAGGCUGGCACCUGGAAUACAUUGAUGUGACGGACUCUGCCAUGGACAAGACGUUCCGGUUCCAGUGCGAUCGCUGGCUAGCGAAGGGUGAGGAUGAUGGGCAGCUCAUCAGGGAGCUGGCCUGUGCCAACAAUGACAUCCUGGAACUGAAGGAACGGACUGCCUAUGAGAUUCUCACAGUAACCAGCGACAGGGAGGAUGCAGAUACUAAGGAAAACAUCUGGAUCAUCCUGGAAGGGAAGAUGGGCCGCUCAAAGGAAUUCCUCAUGGAAAACUCUUCCAAGAAAAGAAGGUUUGAAAGGGGAGCGACUGACACGUUCCAGUUUUCUUCGAAGAACGUUGGUGAUAUUGCAGCCAUCUGUGUUGGUCACUGCCCAAAGGAUGGGAAGAAGUCAUCUGCAAAAGCUGAUGUCUUCUGGCACGUGCAGGAGAUCAUUGUGACGGAGAUGGAGCUUUGCAACAAGUACUUCUUCAGGUGCAACGCGAAGAUCCCUCUGCGCUACAAGCGGCGAGACUACAAAGUCUUCGAGUGUGCCAAGGUCACCGAGAGCUUUGCCAGCAAAGCCCGGAGCCUGGUGCCAGUGAAAUACGAGACCAUCGUGGUCACGGGCUUCGAGAAGGGCGCGGGCACCGACGCCAACGUGUUCAUCACCAUCUACGGCCUCAACGGCGACUCGGGGCGGCGCGCGCUCCGGCAGAAGUUCAGGAACCUCUUCGAGCGGGGCAAAACCAGCAGGUUUUACCUGGAAACGCUGGACAUGGGGGAGCUGAAGAAGGUCAAGAUUGAGCACGACAACAGCGGGCUGGCUCCGGGCUGGCUGGUGGAGAGGGUGGAGAUCACCAACUCGGCCACUGGCGUCACCACCAUAUUUCCCUGUGGGAAGUGGCUGGAUGAAAACCGAGGGGAUGGGUUAAUCUGUAGGGAUCUUUUUCCUAGGUACUGA